AACUGUUUUGAUGGUGAGAUAUUGAUUACGUCUUCUAUAUCGAAUAUAUAAUAGUCAAUUGUCCUUUCACUGUUGCAAUCGCAUCUAUUGUUUUUUUCUCUUGCAAACUCAAUCCUCUUUUACUUUCUCUCUCUCUUAUUGAACUCCACUCUAAUCGUUGUUUUAUUCCUGCACAAUGUCCUCAUACUAUAUCAGCGAUGCUGGUGUUGAUGAUCUUUCAAAGGCUGAUGGAUCUCAACUCAAACCAUUCAAGACUCCUGCUUUUGCCAUCUUCAAUGAUGAGUCUUUUGCCAAAUUGUACAUUUUAAAAGACUCCGAGUUUGCUGAAAUUUCUCCAAGUGCUCUCAAGAAGGCCAAAAAAGGUGCUGAAGGUCUUAAGAAAAAACAGUUAAAACAAAAACAAAUUGAAGAACAGAAGAAAAAAAAAGAAGCUGAUGAAUUAGCAAAGUCUCUUGAAUCAAUGAAUAUCACAAUAACAGAAGACAAAUCCUUACCUAAAGCUCAUAAAAUUAAAAUUAGAGACGUAUCAAAGGAUAUUGACAAAAGAGUUCAACUUAACGGUUGGAUUCAUAGAUUACGUGUACAAAAAAACAGAGCUUUUAUUGUCUUAAGAGAUGGUACUGGUUACAUUCAAUGUUUGCUUAAGGGUGAUUUAGCCAAUGCCUAUCAAACUUCCCAAUUAACUCUUGAAUCAACAAUCUCAAUUAGUGGUACAAUUGAAAAAUUGCCUGAAGGCAAAACUGCUCCAGGUGGUGUUGAAUUAUUAGCCGAUUUUUAUCAAGUCUAUGGAUUAGCUCCAGCUGGCGAUGACUCAAUUACAAACAAAGUCCAAGAAAAUGCUGAUGCUUCCUUACUAUUAGAUCAACGUCAUUUGAUGUUAAGAGGUGAAACUCUUAGUGCUGUCAUGAAAGUUAGAGCUGCUUUUUUGAAAGCGAUUAGAACCGUUUACGUUGAAGAAGGUCUUACCGAAGUAACACCUCCAUGUAUGGUUCAAACUCAAGUCGAAGGUGGUUCAACUUUGUUCUCCUUGAAAUACUAUGGUGAAGAUGCUUACUUGACUCAAUCUUCUCAAUUAUAUUUGGAAACUUGUUUACCUGCUUUAGGUGAUGUUUAUUGUAUCCAGGAAUCUUUUAGAGCUGAAAAAUCUCAUACAAGAAGACAUCUCAGUGAAUAUACUCAUAUCGAAGCUGAAUUAUGUUUCUUAGACUUUAAUGAUUUAUUAUCUCAUAUUGAAACCUUAAUUGUAAAAUCAAUUGACUAUGUCUUAAAAGACCCAAUUGCUGGUCCUUUAGUUAAACAAUUAAACCCAAGCUUUGUUGCUCCUCAAUUACCAUUUAAAAGAUUGGAGUAUAAAGAUGCUAUUAAAUGGCUUAAUGAAAAUGGAAUUCUUAACGAAGAUGGUGAAGAUUUCAAAUUUGGUGAUGAUAUCGCUGAAGCAGCUGAAAGAAAAAUGACAGAUACAAUUGGUGUUCCAAUUUUAUUAACAAGAUUCCCAGUUGAAAUUAAAUCAUUUUACAUGAAAAAAUGCAGUGAUGAUCCCAGAGUCACUGAAUCUGUUGACGUCUUGAUGCCGACUGUUGGUGAAAUUACUGGUGGUUCUAUGAGAAUUGAUUCUGUUGAAGAAUUAUUAGCAGGUUUCAAAAGAGAAAAAAUUAGUCCUGAAGCUUACUAUUGGUUUAUUGAUCAAAGAAAAUACGGUACUAGCCCUCAUGGUGGUUAUGGUUUAGGUACUGAAAGAAUUUUAGCUUGGUUAUGUAACAGAUUCACCGUUAGAGAUUGUUCUCUUUAUCCUAGAUUUACCGGUAGAUGUAAACCAUAGAUCAGUUAUUAUUUUCAUUAUUUUCACUAUUUUUUAAUUUGAAUUUGAAUUUGAAUUUGAAUUUGAAUUACAUUCUUAAUUAUUUUUAAUUAUUUUUGAUUACUUUUGUGUAAUUAUUUUAUUUUUAUUAUUUUUUUUUAUGUUAUAUUAUAUUGAUAAUU